AUGGACAUAAGCACAGUCAACUCUCUUUGCUACGAAGAUUUUGUGGAUACUUUUGGAAAUGUUGUCGAGAGAGGUCCUCUGAUGGCUGCCGCGGUGUGGUCACACCGCCCAUUCUCCAACUUGUCUGAGCUGGAAGCCCACAUCUCUGAUUUCAUAGACAAGCUCCCCGAAUCAGGUAAGGAGGGAAUUCUCAGAUGCCUCCCUGACCUGGCGGGCCGGGACCUCCAGAGGGGGACGUUGAGCCGCGAGUCCCAAGAUGAACAGAGCCAGGCCGGUGACACCGGCAUGGCAUCCCUCAGUCCCGCGGAGACCACACGGAUGCACCAGCUCAACGCAGACUACAAGAAGCGCUUUGGCUUCCCGUUUGUCAUAUGCGCCAAAAUGAGCGACAAAGCGGGUAUUCUGCGGCAGCUGGCCGAGCGCUCUGGGAACGACCUCAGUCAGGAGAGGGAGUGCGCAAUCAGUGAGGUUAAAAAGAUCUGCUGUCUCCGGCUGCGCAAUCUUGUGCUGUCGGAGACGCGAAAUAAGCAGUAG